GCGGCUGCCGGCGGCAUGGCGGGGGAGGCGGGCGGCGCCGCGCUGGGCCGCGCCGCCGAGAAGCUCUUCUCGCUCAGCGGGCUCUUCGCCGUCCGCAAGCCCAAGGGACGCACCUCGGCCGCCGUGCUCAACCUGCUCAAGGAGAGGCUGCUGGCAGAAGCUGGUGUGCAAACAAAAGGGAACAAAAGAAAUCAGGUUUUGAAAAUUGGACAUGGAGGGACUUUGGACAGUGCAGCCACAGGAGUCCUGGUGGUUGGUAUUGGAAAAGGAACAAAAAUGCUGGGGACUAUGUUGGCAGGUUCCAAGAAGUACACUGCCAUUGGAAUGCUGGGCAAGGCUACUGAUACUUUAGAUGCUACAGGAAAAGUAACUGAAGAAAAGCCUUAUGACCAGGUAACAAAAGGAGAUCUUGAAAAUGUUCUGCAAAAGUUCACAGGGGACAUCAUGCAAGUUCCCCCACUCUAUUCUGCUUUGAAGAAGGAUGGAGAAAGGCUUUCAACUCUGAUGAAGAGAGGGGAAGCAGUGGAAGCAAAGCCUGCUCGGCCAGUGAGAGUGUACAGCCUUUCUCUCCAGCAGUUCCAGCCACCACUGUUCACGCUGGGUAAAGAUGUUGAAUGUGGUGGUGGCUUUUAUGUCAGGAGCCUGGUCAAUGACAUUGGCAAAGAGCUCUCCACCUGUGCCUCGGUGCAGGAGCUGACGCGCACCAAGCAGGGGCCGUUCACGCUGGAGGAGCACGCCCUGCACGAGGACAAGUGGACAAUUGAUGACAUUGCCCAGUCCUUGGAGCACUGCACAGCCCUGCUCCUGGGAGAGCCAGCUCGGAAAAAACUGAAGACAGAGCAUCCUGGUGAAACUGCUGUGAUCUGUGAGGAAAAGUGAUAAGUUGGAUCAAGGAAAAAGACUGGAUGAUUGAGAUGUUUGAAGAUUGGAUUGGGAUUGUCUCGCCUCCUGUGUAAAUCUACAGGUCUCUGCUGGGAAGGUGGCAAACUGUAACACAAGAGAAUUGGUUCUUUUGUUUCCUGGGGUUAGAAUGUGCACUGAAAAUAUCCAGUGCUAACUGUUUAUUGAUUGUUUAUUUUCCUUCUUGCACACUGUAACUGAUGCCAAAUUUUUAUAGACUUUUAAAGAACUUUCAGGGUACAAGAUGGCUGCUGUUGAGAAUUCAUCAAUAAAAAAAUUAUAUACAAUAAUGUCUGAUAAAUAUGCUUCAAAAGAAUUUUCUUUUUCUUUGCAGCUGGCAAUCAAAUUCUGAAAUACCAUGAUGAGAAGACUCUCAUAGUUUAAAGGACCCAAGAAUGUGGUGUGGCAACUUGCUUUCUUGAAAUUAGUUUCAGGAUAUAUUCAUUUUACCAUAGUUUUUCCUUUGCAGAUUAUUCUCCAGUCAAAUGUUCCUAGAAUGCAGUAUAUGAAGGAUGCUAAUAUUUUAAGUCUGAAAUAUCAGCCUAAGGGAAUAGUUUUAAGUAUAUACAAUCCCUGAAGAUAGUUAGUUUGUGCCUGCAUCUUACAAAAAGGUGGUAAAUUAAACUUUGGUUCCAAACUUAUUUUCAGUCUAAGAAAUAAAAUAAAUAUAGUGGAGUUCCUCAUUCCAGGAUACCCUUCGAGAUAUCUUUAGGAUUUAUUUUUGUUUUCUGCACAAUAAGAAACUGAAGUCUGUGCAAGAUUAAUGAAGGUUUUGUUUAGAAGGAGGAUAGACUUAGUUUUAUUCAGUUAACUUCCUAUGUUUUAUUCAGUUUUCUUCCUAUGUUGAAAAUAGCACAAGCAAAUUGAAAUGUUAGAGCACUAUAGCAGCAGCAUAUUUAAAGUACAAUAUGGAUGAAGUAAUGGAUGCAAGAAAUUCUGAUUUCAGGGAUGGGAGAAAAACUUGUGUCCAGUGAGGUAACAAUGGGAGAUUUUUGUUUCUUUUUGGGGUGUGUUUUUUGGUACUUUGGGUAGAAACAAAGAAGAAAGAGAUUAUUUCCUAAAGAAAUAAAAAUAAAGCAGAAAAUUUCAUUUUCCAGUAUACUUAUUUUGAAUGAUCAAAGACUUUAAUUGAACACAGUUUCUCUUACUGUCUGAAUCUGUAUUUUUCUAGUUUAUGUUAUCCCGAUGGUUUUCUAGAUUACGUUCUCAUUUUAUCUUCCUGAUUUUUGAAAAGUAGCACAGUAGAUACAAUUCUGUUAUUCUCCUUUCAUCUUCAGGGAUUUGUUUAUUUAAAAAUCAGUCCAAUUGAGAAAUUUCUCUAUUUAUAGGGUGCAUUUGGAUACAGUGUUGUAAGUGUCUAACACAUUCUUAAUCUCAUCUGUUUGUUUAAUGCUCACCAAGCCUUUCUUGCUAUUCCAUUUAAGAGGCCCUGAUAUUUUUAGUUUCAAAAGAAUUCUAUUUCCAUCAGUUUUUUGGUUAGCUUGCAAUUGGUCUGUUGUAAUUAUUGCUAACAGAUCUGUGAUCCUGAGAAGAUAGGAUCUGCUCCAUAGUCUAGUCACUGGAGAAGAAUGAAAUGGUAAUUAGAAAAAGCAUCUUGUGGGCAUGAACAAGUUGUGGUUUAUGCUGCAAGUCCUGAUGCAUAUGGAAAGCACAGGGAGAGAUGGAAUGCAGUUGUUCAUGUUCAGGAAUCUGCACAGAAUCAUUCAGGUUGGAAAAGACCUUGAAGACCAUCAGGCCUGAUCACUACCCCAGCAGUGCCAAGUCCACUAAUUCACCUUCACUAAUUUAGCUUUUUUUCCUGGAAUCCUCUCCUCUUCCCCAGUGCAUCAGAAAUAAAGGCAGAAUUUCUUUUUUCUCAAAUAAAUGACAAACUUCCCCCCACAUAACUCCUAUUGAACUACAGAAGGAAUUUCCCUUAGCAGCUGGGUAGCAGGUGUGUUUGGCUGCAGUUGGGAGUGGCUGGACAAACCCAUGGCAGGCAGCAGGAAGUGUUCUUGGGAAACACAGUGUGAAGAGUGCAAUAAAGCCAUGAACACAUUAUGCAAUAAGCAUAAUGGAAAUGGUGAGUGUCACUCCCAUUCCAUUCCUAAACACUUGAGCUAUCUGUUCAAACAUUCCAACUCCUCAGGUUCUUUCCCAGUGCUUUCCCAAUGUGCUGGGCCUCACUUGUAUACUUUUUCCCAAGUUGCCCCAUGCUUUAAUGGUUCUGUGUGCCUUGAGCCUGUAGUUCCAGUGAAUAGUAAAUGGGAAGCCACUGAAAAUUUCAGGAAUAGCCUUUUUAGUUAUGCUUUAAUAAGUGUUUAAACCAGUAUCUUGAAACUAUCCAGAUUUGGAGAUGUGUUCCCAUGGGAACCUAGGGAAAUACUCAUUUUAACUUCCUUAUUCUUACUAACAUGCUCAUUCCAGAGCUACCAGAUUUCAGAAUUGAGCUAUAUCCACAGCAAAAUGUAUUUUUGGUAGAGGAAAAUAACCCAUGAUCCUGGACCACAGUUACUGACAGUCAUGAUAUCUCAAGAGGAAAAAUGUGUAUACAAUAUUUCUAAGAUUACUAGAAGAGUUAGUACUGAGAUUGUAGCUGAAGCAGUAGUAGUUAAUAGGAAUUUUAUGGUAUUCUGGCCGGAAAAUGUGUCUGUGAUUUACCAUUUAAAAUAUACCUGUGGCACAGAUUGAAAGAUUUGUCUCACUUAAACGAGUGUUGUUCAUGGGGAAAGUCCUGAUGCAAAAGUGUGUCCUGCUUUUUGAGCUGAGUAUUGUCUGUCCUCCAUGUGGUCUUGCUGUCUUCAGUCUGUGGAAGUGUGGUACCAUAGCCUGGCCCUGAGUGCUCCAGUGCUGCUGCUGCUUCUGUGAAUUUGACAAGGGCUUCAGAAUUUGUCUCCCUUUAAUGUCUCUGCCUAGCUGGCUGCCUUUCUUUUCACUUUAUAAUAUAUUUCUGUUGCCAGCAAAGUAAAACUUUGAGUAACUCCUCCAGUUUUGGGAUACCUUAUUUUUUUAUUUUAAUAGAUGGUGAAUUUGCUACUCUGUGCAUGAAUGGCUCCCCAGCUCUAAUGAGCAGGGUCAUGCUGUUUGCUUGGCAGAGUCAAGGAGUGAGUUUGCAGUCGUGUUAAUUUAAUUAAAAAGGCCUUACAGGAGCAAAGUGAGGGUGUGACUGCAGUAUACAGCCAGAGGGACAUCACAGAGACAGUGAAUAGAUUCAGCCAGCCUGGGCAAAAAUAUUGUCUCUAUUAAAAAGCAGUCAUUGUUUCUAAUAGCCAUGAGUUUAAUUGUCUUCUUUGUAAGGCCUGAUUAAGUAAAUCACCAAUAGUUGAAGGCAUGUGAGGCAAGCAGGUUUAUCAUGUCAGUGCUUAUGUCUGCUCUGGGUGAGGAGAUGCCUCAUCUCUGUCUCUGCCAUCAGCUGCUAAGAUCAUCCAGGUGCAAACAGGGAGAGCAAGAGGUUGGUAACUGGCAGUGAGUGGUUGCAGUGCUCAAGAAGAAAAGGACUACUUUGCAAGAAAAAGCCCCAUAUUUUGCAAUUCUUGUUUUGGGGAAGUGUUGGAGACAAUGCCAUGGUUCAGAGAAAGUCUUAGCAUGGCUGCCUGAGAAGCCCCUUAUGGUUUUGUUGUGGAUGUGAAUGUCUGGGACUUUAAUCCUCAUCCCUCCUCACCUCUAGCUCCAAGAAGUGGGUUAAAUCAAAGCUGCAGCCUCUCCCCAACGUCUCCAUGUCACAUUGUUCCAUGUGGAUGCUGGAGCAAUCUUCUGCUCAAACUCUGAGCUCUAAAGGAAUGUGCAGCUUGCCCAGAAGUUAACAGGAACAGAAUGAGGAGGACAGAAAAUGAGGCAAUGGAAAUUGAAACAUAAACACAAAAUAGCUUUCUUCUUGCCAGACAUAUUAAUAUUAGCCUACAGCUCUGUAUCUGGCCUUUCCACUCUGCAUCCCAUUACCUUAUCUACUGUCUGAGACAGUUCAUUCUAAAACUUUUCUUAUCCUGUCUUUUGAAUUCCUCUCUGGGGACAUGUGAGCCUUGGGGCUGUAUGGAUCAAAGAGGCUGUGUGGUUUCUGGGGGACAGGGAAGUUGGUAACAAGCAGAACUGAAAAGGAUGAGGUGUGUCUGGUCCUUUUCUCACCAUGAGCCUUUUGUAAGAAGGUUCUGAAUACUUUAGUGCCAUUUUCCUGGGACAUGGGAUUAUUUUAGAUAUUUCAAAAUUAAGUGCUUCAAAGUCAAAUCUGCAGCUGAGUGCAUGCAUUAGAAACAAAAUGCAUCAUUUCACAGAUGUCACUCUACUUUUAGUGGCUUCAGAACAUGAUUUUAUAGCUUAAAAGGAGGGGGGUAGAAAAGGAACAGCAAAAGGUAAAUGCAUAUUUCAGUUCUUAUAUUUUUAAAGUAGAUGAACUCAGUUUUGGUAAUUAUGUAAGAAAAGACAUUGAGUGUUAUAAUGGAGAAAAAGUAAAGAGAAGGAACACAAUUUUUACUGUCUUUUCUGUUUCUUUUAGCACACAACAAUUAGCUUAAAUAUGCCAUUUCAAAGCUUAAGAAGCUUUUAUGUGGAAAUGCUUGAGAGGUUGUUACUGUGUCCUGAUGUGAAAAAAGGCAUUUAUUUUCAUUUCAGCAGUUGAAAAGAUAGUUUUCUGUGAUGCCCUUCAAAAGGCAGUGUUUUCUUUUGCUUAUAUGAAAUUACAGUAAAUCCUUGGCAUAACUUCCUCUUGUGAGUGGUGUGUUCACAGUAAAUCAUUUCCCGCAGCUGGCUGUCCUGGGGAUCACAAAUCUGUUUCAAGUUCUGCAGGUAUCUAGUAGGCAUUCCCAGUGGAAAUGGAACAUUCUGUACAAACACCAAAUGUAUUUAGAAAAUAGGACUAAUUCUCAGUAAUCUUUGCUAUGCAGUUUGCUCUUUUGGUAAAAUAACAUCCAGGCUGCGUUAAACCUCGCUGCUGCUGUGCUGAGUUGCUUUGUGUACAGUUUCUUGCUCUUAAUUUCACAAAGGGCACUGGCAGACUCUUGAUUUCUUGUCCAGGUGAUUAAUUUCAGCCAACUGCUGCAUACACAGAGACAUUCCUGGCUUUAACCUCUUCAUUUGCUGCUUAGGAUUCCCAAGGCUGGCAGAAAGGAGUGUUGUGUUCACCUCAUCUGUCCCAGCCAUAGGCUGGUGUGUAAUAAGUGCUGCUGCUGCAAAUAAACCAGAAUGUUGGGAGAAGACCCUGGGUCUCAUUCUGUUGUCCUGAUAAAUUCCAGCAAAAGAUUGAGACAGCAACAGGGGACAACAAUUUUCCAGUAAUCCCCCCUCCAAGUAAGAAUCAAAGGGAAAUGGCAGCGAGGUCUGUGGGUACAGAGCUGACUUAAAGCAUGUGAUUAUUUCUUUUGACCUCAGUGAGAAAACUCUUGUCCUGUUUUAUUAAAUUAUGUAAGUUAUUACUCACUGAA